GAGAGACAGAGAGAGACAGAGAGAGAGAGAGACAGAGAGAGACUCUGCAUUAGUGUGUCAGAGACAGAGCGACUUAUAGGAGUGUGAGCUAGCAGAGAACUGAUUUAUUGAUUUAUUGAUUUAUUGAUUGUGGAACCUGAAGAGCAGAAGGACCUGAGCGUGGUGGCGAUGCCCUUCCUGGAGGGAGAUCCAGGUCGAGCAGAGAGAGACGGCAGCAGGAAGCAGGGGGAGGCUCUGUGCCGCUCGGUCAGCCCCACCAGGAGCUUCUUCCACCGGGCUCCGUUUGGCCGGCCCUCCAGCCCCCGCUCUGCUCCAGCAAGGACCUCCUGCUCCAAGAUGAGUCCCAGCUCCCCCAAAACCCUCUUCCCCUACCAGAGUGGACCCCCCCAGCAGGACUCACCGCCCAAGUCUCCACGCAGGCUGAGUUUCAGUGGGAUCUUCAGGUCGGCCUCGAAGGAUUCAAACCAGCAACCCUCGUCCUCCCCCGUCACCAUCAAACUGUUCACCCGCAACAAGCGAGACAAGGCCAGAGCCCACAGCCUCUCCUCCCAUCCUCCUCCUCCUCCUCCUCCCCCCCGUCAGGAGGAGCUGAGUUUUUUCCGUCUGGAGACGUACCUGACGGAGCCGAGGCGUCCGGAGACCAGGAGGCUGCGCUCCUUCUCCUCCCCUCCCGACACAGGACAACACUCCUCCUCCUCCUCCUCCUGCUUCCAGCUGCCUCCUCUGGCUCCGCCUCUUCCUGUUGGGAGGCUGGAGGAGGUUGCUGACGACAUGUCGGAGCAGCCGGACCCCGAUGAUGCCGCGUCAGAGAGAGACAUCUACAUGCGCUUCAUGAAGUGUCACAAGUGUUAUGACAUCAUCCCCACCAGCUCCAAACUGGUAGUGUUUGACACCACACUGCAGGUGAAGAAGGCAUUCUUUGCUCUGGUAGCAAACGGAGUGAGAGCUGCUCCACUGUGGGAGAGCAAAAAACAGAGCUUUGUUGGAAUGUUGACGAUCACAGACUUUAUCAACAUCCUGACCAGAUACUAUAAAUCUCCCAUGGUUCAGAUCUACGAGCUGGAGGAACAUAAAAUCGAGACAUGGAGAGAACUGUACCUGCAGGAGACCUUCAAACCUCUGGUCCACAUCUCACCUGAUGCCAGUAUAUUUGAGGCUGUGUACUCGUUGAUAAAGAAUAAGAUCCAUCGUCUUCCCGUCAUUGAUCCGGUCAGUGGGAACGCCCUCUACAUCCUGACCCACAAGAGGAUCCUCAAGUUCCUGCAGCUCUUUGUGUGUGAGAUGCCCAUGCCAGCCUUUAUGAAGCAGUCUCUGGAGGAGCUCGCUGUGGGGACGUACGCUAACAUCGCCUACAUCCACCCCGACACGCCGCUCAUCACAGCACUGUCCGUCUUCACUCACCGCCGCGUCUCUGCCCUGCCCGUCGUCGACCACAACGGUAAAGUGGUGGACAUCUACUCGAAGUUCGACGUCAUUAACCUGGCGGCAGAGAAGACGUACAACAACCUGGACGUGACGGUGACGCAGGCUCUCAGACACAGAUCCCAGUACUUUGAAGGAGUCAUGAAGUGCAACAAACUGGAAACACUGGAGACCAUCGUGGACCGCAUUGUGAAGGCCGAGGUUCACAGGCUGGUUGUCGUUGAUGAGGAGUCUCGUAUCGUCGGAAUUGUCUCUCUAUCAGACAUCCUGCAGGCGCUGGUUCUAACCCCCGCAGGUCUGGGGAGGAAGGAGUCUCUCCCCUCUCAGCUGACAGCUCUGGACUCAACAGAACCAGACACAGGAUGUAGACCUGGACUAGAUCAAGAAAAGGAUCCGGAUCAGGGACCGGAGCCUAGUACAGAGACAGAGAGUAAGCCUGAACCAGAUCAGGACCAGGACCAACACCAGGACCAACACCAGGACCAGGAGCUGGAUAAUGAAACAGAGACAGGCUACAUGGACACUGAUACUGCUGAGACCUGCCAGCAGGGGGAGAGAGAGAGAGAGACAGAGGGGGAGGGGGUGAGAGAGACAGAAGGGGACGGAGAGACAGAGAGGGAGAUAGAGACAGAGGGGGGAGGGGGGAGAGCGAGACAGAAGGGGAGAGAGAGACAGAAGGGGACGGAGAGACAGAGAGGGAGAGAGAGACAGAGGGGGAGGGGGAGAGAGAGACAGAAGGGCGGAGGGUGA